CCACCGCGGUGCCCCGCUCGCAUUUGCAUCAGCAUCUUGUUCCUGGCUGUGAGGGGGAUAGACUUCUAACCAGCUUGGAAGAACAAGAAGUGUACAUCAGCAUGGAUAAACCGGACUUGUACAACCUCGGGUGUGCUCCCCUCACGCAACUGGCCGCCAAACACGUUGACGACCUGUGGUCGGUCUUCACGUGGCCGAGACAGCCGCUGCCGGUGCUCGACAUUGGCUGCGGGCCCGGUGACGUCGCCAGGAAGGUUUUAGCCCCGCGGCUGCCACCGGGUACGAAGCUGGUGGCCUGCGACAUCAGUCCAGAGAUGCUGGAGUUCUGCAGGCAGCACAACGCGCUGCCAGGCACCAUCACGUACGAGCAGCUGGACGUGGUUGAGCCCGACCUGGAGAACUCCGCCGUGUGGCAGUACGCGCCCUUCGGCAAGGUGUUCUGUUUGCUGCUGCUGCAUUGGGUCCCCGACAACAGGCGUGCUGUCCAGAACAUUCACAAGCUGUUGGUGUCUGGCGGAGAGGCUGUCUUCACCAUAAUAGCUUACAUGGCUUAUUACACAGCGUUUGAAGAAAUGGCGGAAGACUCGCGUUGGGCCCAGUACAUGCAGGACUUGGAGAAGUUCGUAUCUCCGUACCAGCACAGUAAGGACCCAGUGAGCGACUUCCGCCAGCUGCUGCAGAGCGAGGGCUACCAGGUGCUGCACUGUGAAGUGGCGCCGCAGGUGCUCUUCUUCCCGAGUGAGAUGCAGCGCAGAGAUUUUCUGAAGUCAGUAUGUCCAUUCCUGAACCGAGUUCCGGAAGACCAGAAGGAUAAUUUCUUAGAUGAUUGGCUACAGCGUAUGGAGAAACUGAACGGAUUAUCAAAGGACGUUGGAAGCAGUGAAGAGCCGAAAUACUACAUCCACUUUAACAUAAUGGUGGCUAUGGCCAGAAAACUGUAAUUGGGAGUUUUGCACCACCGCUUGAAGAAGAAACAAUAUUUAAUAACGGAAAUGACAAACACAGAGCACAACCCCGGCUAGUCUGUUGUUAACAGAGUAUUAAACUAUAGACAUUCAUAUGUAAUUAUCUUGCCGUAAACUAUCUGUUAGGAAAAGCCUCUCAGGUGUAAAUGGCACUAUAAGAGUAUCCUGAUCUGUACAGUUUUGACGAUACUCCUGCCAAAGAUAUUCCAACUGUGCUGGUGUUCCGCCUUUAAUUACCAGGAUGUCAACAUGUCGCUCCUUUGCUCCCUUAAUUCGUUGGCUUCUCUCUCACUUUAACAUCAGGGGCAUAAAUGAUUCGUUUCGCACCACUGUCGAAAUGAAGAACUACCAAAGGUUUGCUGCUUUAGUAUAAAUACCACAACAGAAGCAUAAGCAGGGAGCUUACCAAUCGAAUGGAGUGAAGUAACCGGACAGAGAGACUACUAAAGGUUUGUACCUUUAGUACUUCCUCAUGUCGACAAGGGUGGUGAAAGGAAAUGUAUUUUUCAUGCUUUCCCGACGGAUCUGUUGCAAAUACGCUUCUCGGGUUUGCCGCCGGAUCGUAUUGUGUAAAUCGUACAAUAUUUCUUCGAUGCAACUGCUCGACAUCAUCAGGUGGUGGUAGCUGCUGCUGUCACUGCUGCAAGGCGCUGCGGACGGAGACGUGCGUGCGGUCGCCGAGUGUGUACUGCGUCCAGCGAGAGGGCGAUGGUCCCGUCUGUGCAGCUAAACGGCGUGAACAUGUGAUAGCGCCUUUCGUGUAUAUCAGCCUGCAACCGGAUAAGCUAUAGAGUCAAACUGUGGGAAUUAUUCAGGUUCUUAGAGUUCUGCUGUAUAUAUGUAUAUUCAAUUUCGUGCUGUUUGCAGUUAAGGAAUCUUACAGUAUUUGGCCUCCCAUGUUAUCUGUUUCGUAUUGACCACACGUGCACAACUUGUUGAAUAGUUGUUACCUGUGUGAACGAGCUUUGCCUGUUUUGGACGCACUCAAAUAUGGGCGAGGAGUGUAUGUUUAAGUGUGUGUCUGUGCACUCUGAAAUAACCACAGGUUGAAUUUUCUGGCUGUCUGCUGGAUUUUAGGUAACGUGUUCAGAGGUAAACAAGCAGUGGCUCAAUGAUGAAAAAUUUAUUGGGUGCUAUUACUGAGUGUGUGUUUAUGGAAUAUAUAUAUAAUAUAACUAAUCAGUUCUGGGGUUAUAUUAUGAGUUAAGUUACGAGUGCGUGAUUUAGCACUAUGACCAGCUUCUUAUCGUUUUGAGUAUAUCAUCACUUCCUGCUCUGGCAGGAAUAAGCUUUCUGCAUGUAUUAUUAAUGACAAAAUAGUGCUGAUAUCCCAUGUGGUGAUAUUCCUGUUUUGAAAUUUCGUAAUGUUUUAAGGAAUGUGUUAUUCAGGGUACUGCCCAGUUGCUGUGUGGUUUUGUGUUGGUGUUUCCGUGGUGUAAUCAGCGGUGCGCGUCGUCCGUUGUAGCUGGUCGUUUAGCUGGGGGACGACGCCUUGGCGGCGGCCAGUUUGAUUUGUAAUCGAUAGCGCAGUCGCCGUGUUUAUCCGUAGACAGCAGUUCUCUGGCGAAUCUAAGUUGAAUAUUUUGUUAUUUGUUCCUGGUGACACCGAGGCGUCCGUCUUUCCUUUUUCACCGUCCCUUUCAGCUUUCAUUCAGGCUCGAUCUCAGUUAUAGUUUCCGCAAACCUUUGAUUUGCCAUUACUUGUCACUGAAAUUUUUGGUAGUACCUGAAAGAUGGCUUUCAUUCUGUUGGGUUUUUAAUGUCUUACAACUGUUAUAUCUUAAAAGGUGUCUUGCUUCUGUGGGAGUGUUUGUAAGUAAAGCAUUUAUUGUUUGUAUACUUCUUAAGAUUUAUCUAAAGAGGGUUCUGAAAUUAUUUGUUUGGGAUGGGCUUUGACGCCCGUAGACAUUUUGUCUGUUUAGUAAUGUUUCAAUGUUUAGUGUACUUAUGUAUAUUAUUCUGGGGUAACAGCAUUUUGCUGUUGUCAUGCAAUUGUUAAA